AUGAGUUACUUACGAAGCUCUAUGAGACCAUGGGUUGCAAUCAGAAGCGUUUCAAGAGGCUCGAUUGUUUCCCCGUAUAUUAGCCGUGCCGCUUCUACUACAACCAAAGCAAGCACAACUAGUUCUUCAACCCAACCAACUGGGUCAACCGUGACUUCAUUGAAUGAUUCUCCCGUUAUACUCGGUGGCAAUCAACCAGAAGGUCAUAUCAAUUGGUCAGAUUCCUUUCAUGGAUUAGGAGGAGCACCAUUCUCCAAAGAAAUUAGUGAUAUAUUGUUAGCACCAUUAGUUAGUGAAGAUAUUGAAAUCAAACCUGAUGGAUUACUUUAUUUACCAGAAAUUAGAUAUCGUCGGAUAUUAAAUCGAGCAUUUGGACCUGGAGGAUGGGGGUUAGCACCAAGAACAGAAACAUUGAUUACUCCAAAACAAAUAAGUAGAGAAUAUGCAUUAAUUUGUCAUGGCCGAUUAGUUAGUGUUGCCAGAGGAGAACAAGAUUAUUUUGGAGGAGAUGAAAAAAUCACUACUGCAUUAGAAGGAUGUAAGAGUAAUGCAUUAAUGAGAUGUUGUAAAGAUUUAGGAAUUGCCAGUGAAUUAUGGGAUCCAACCUUCAUUAGAAAUUGGAAAAAGAAAAAUUGUGAUGAAGUUUUUGGAGAACAUGUAACUACUAAAAGAAAGAAGAAAUUAUGGAAAUUAAAAUCCCAAAAAGGUUUAGAUUAUCCUUAUAAAAUGUAUGAAAGAUAA